AUGGCAUCCUCCAUAUUUGAGGACAGAGCCUUGAUACAGGGUUUGAAUAAGAGUCAGUUUGACCUGGUUCUCACUGACCCUGCUGUCAGUGAAGGCAUCCUGUUGGCUCACUACCUUAAAUUGCCCUUAGUCUACCAUGUGCGGUGGGUUACCAGCACCGAUGGACACCUUGCUAUCGCACCUUCACCGGUAUCAUACAUACCUAUUACAUAUUCAGGCCUUUCUGAUAAAAUGACCUUCUUACAAAGGUAUUUUGAACCAAAAGUCAGAUUUCAUGAACUUGUGCAAGAAGCUGAUAUUUGGCUGAUGCGAGUCAAUUUUUUGUUUGAGUUCCCACGCCCCACUAUGCCCAACAUAGUAUAUGUGGGUGGGUUACAGUGUAAACCAGCAAAGCCCCUCCCUCAAGACCUGGAGGACUUUGUGCAGAGCUCUGGAGAGCAUGGAGUCAUCAUCAUGUCCUUGGGGACAUUGGUUGGUGAGCUUCCAAGUGAUUUGACAGAGGAAAUAGCAGCAGCUUUUGCGGAGUUGCCUCAGAAAGUCAUUUGGAGGCAUUUUGGGAAAAUACCAUCUACCCUGGGUAACAACACCCUCCUAGUAAAGUGGAUACCCCAAAAUGACCUACUUGGUCAUCCUAACACCAGAGCCUUUAUAGCCCAUGGGGGAACAAACGGACUUCAAGAGGCCAUGUAUCAUGGCGUUCCGGUUAUUGGGAUUCCUAUUUUUUUUGACCAGCAUGACAAUAUGGUGCGACUGACGGAGAGAGGAUCAGCAAAGCUUCUCAUCCUGAACACCAUUAACAGAGAUACCUUCCUCCAGGCUUUGCAAGAGGUGCUCCAUGAGCCAUCCUACAAGGAGAACAUGCAGAGGCUCUCCAGGAUCCACCAUGACCAGCCGAUGAAGCCUAUGGACCGAGCCCUCUUCUGGAUUGAGUUUGUCAUGAGACACAAAGGUGCUGUUCAUCUGCGCACAGAGUCCUACAAGAUGCCCUGGUACUCCUACCACUCGGUGGAUGUGGUGGUGUUUUUGGUUUCUUUGUUUUCCUGUGCACUGCUGAUGCUUCUGCGGCCUCUCCAUCAUGCAGCAGCUCCGCUGGAGGAUUGGUUUUUAAAGAGCCGCCUGGAGCCGCACGGCGCCAUCUGUGGCGGCGGAGGGGAGACAACUGUUGCUUAUUAA